AUGCUGGGUAUACAGGGAUUGGGAACUUCCCUUGAGCCAAGUUCAGCUUUUCCCUUAGAGACGAAUAGCUUUGGCGGAAUUAAGGUGUCUGGUAAAUCCCAGACCACGGAACUCGGACUCACCCACCAAGAGAAGGAUAAUUUAGGACACAGGAGGAUUCUCAUGGGAACACAAUCUCCCAUGGAGUUGAGGCUUGGAGUUGGUUUAGAAAAAGAAGAUUCACAAUGGAGAGAGAGCCCCCUGGUUAAUAAUAAAUAUGAGAAGAGCUUGGGGUCACAAGAAGCAAAAUCUCCACUGAGCAAGGGUCUUGAAAUGGGAUUAGAAAAACAGAAUAUUUCUACAUGGGGUUUAAGGAUCCCCACGGAGUGGGAUAAUUUAGGAGUGAAUAAGGUCUCAGCUUCUCAGGAAACAAAAUCUUCUCUGGGAAUGUUGCCAGGAAGAAUGGGGUUAGAAAAUGAGAGACUUCUGGCACAGUCACCCUGUGGAAGGAUAAUACAGCCUACCUUGGGCAUGGAGUGUGGAAGUCCACAGGCUCUAGAGAGCAGGAGAGGGGCUGUAGCUAGUGCUCCUGAAGGGAUAGAGGCUUCAGUGGGAAAGCAGCCUGCUUUGGGUAUGGAACCUAGACAAGAACUAGAGAAAGACUCCUGCGUUGUGAUGAAGCCUGGUGCAGAGAUGACGUAUCCUGUGGAGGUGGACUUUGGUCUGCCCCAGCCAGAGGAGCCAGAGCCCCAAAUGGGCUUAGUGAUAGAACCCUCUGACCACUUUGCCCCACAAACUGAAGAGAAAAAGGAGAGCCCUGAAAACAUUGAACCAGGAGUAGAACCUCCACAUCGUAUCAGACCCAUAUACUCUGGAAAUUUUUUUGAUCGAACACCUCACUGGCCAAGUGCAGGAAAAGUUACUCCAAUUGGGUACAGAGUUGCAAAUUGCUUGACUGAAAAACUUCCCAGACUCAUUACGCCACCUGAGGCAAAGAAGUUUUUCAAUUUCAGAUAUCCACCUGCUGGAGCUGAAAGAGUAUUUUAUGGCAGAGCAAAUGAUCCACAAAUUGCACUUAAUCUGACACAUGGCAUAAAAUCAACACGUUCAAUACCGGCAAGCACAUUGAUAAAUCCACAGCCUAUUACCAAAUUUCAACAAAAAAUUAAAGAUAAAAAAGAAUCUAUAUAUUUUAGCAAUCAACGAGCACCAUUAGGAAAAUCUUAUGAUCAAACACCAGGACUACCUAAAGGAAUGGAUAUAAUUAAUACAACCUUUGGAACAGCAGUCAUCAGAGAAUUGUCUGCCAGAGAUGUGGUGAAUCCACCAAAAUCCUAUGAAGAAGUGUUUAAAGAAGGAAAAGAAGGGCAUGAUCUGUAUAUUAUUUCUCACAAUGACUAUUAUGUGGGAGAAGCAAAGAACAGAAAGUAUAACUCAUCAAAUUUCAAUAGGUUUAAUAUGUAUGGAGUCCCAACACCACAUUUUAAUGAUGGACGAACCAUGGCAAAAACUUUAUAUUGGCUCCAUGAACUACAAAUGAAAAGAGGAGCUAAGGUUGUAUCCAAGAGAGUUGAUGAUUUCAAAGAAAAGUUUCAACAUAAACUUGGAAGGGUUUUAGAUCCCAUUGCAGAAACAAUGAAUGUUCCCCCAGACCACACCUUUGGAGCUUGUCUCCGCCCUGAGGACUAUGGAGUUGGUGAUCUCAUCCAUAAUAGACUUCCUGGUGAAUAUCUUCGAGGCAAGGACAGACAAAGAGCCAUGCUUGCUGCAGUUCGACAUCACCUGAAGAAAGUUAACUGCCAAAACUUUGACACUUUGCUGGCAGCCUUCAAGCACUAUGACAAGAAAGGAGAUGGGAUGAUAGAUAAAGCUGAGCUGCAGGAAGCUUGUGACCAGGUCAACCUGCAUUUGGAUGAAACGCUCCUGGACCAGCUAUUUGACUACUGUGAUGUGGAUAAAGAUGGCAUGAUUAACUACCUAGAAUUUGCAAAUUUUCUUAACUGGAAAGACAAAAUACCACUUAAAGAAUAUGAAGAGAGGGUAAUUAUUAAAGGUAGAAAACAAGAUUGUACAAACCUUACUGAGCCUAGUGUUCAAGAAUCUGAACCAAUUCUUCUCAUAAAACCUGAAGAUAUUGUUUUAAAAGAACCAGGGAGCUCAGAAAAGACACUUCGAACACUUCUGAGACCAAGCGAUAAGGUUUCUAAUGAAUAUAAGACAUCUUCUUCUGAGAUCAAUGCAGUUGUAGGAGCCAUUCCUUCUAUUUGUUAUCCUAUCUACGGUGUUCCAACCAUUCGGUCUGAUAUUCCUGCCCCCCGGAUUCGUCGCAUCAGUGAUAGAACUAAUUAUGGUGAAGAGGGUAAUGCUUAUUCAUUACUACAUCCUACUAUCUUUAGCCAGAAAGGAGUGUUUGAAAGAGACUUCUUCAAGACCAGAUCAAAAGAAGAGAUUGCUCAGAUAUUAUGUAACAUUGGCGUCAAGCUUUCUGAUGAAGAAUUUGAAAAUGUAUGGAAUCUCGCAUCAAAAAAACAUCACAGAGGAGAAGUUUGUGUGGAGAGCAUCAGAAACAUUCUAGAUGAGCUACAGCAUGCAGAACGGAUCAAGUGUAAAACCACCAUGUGA